AUGAUAGCAGCCACUAUUCGUCCCUUUGUGGCCCGGACACUGCAGUCCGUUUGCCACAUGGUGAGAUUACACAGUCAAGAUAGUGCUGGUUUGCACAAUUCACCCAAACCUGGAGUGAAACAUCCGGACACGAUAUUCGACAAGAUUAUUAAAAAAGAAAUACCUGCAGAUGUAAUCUACGAGGACGAGAAAUGCAUUGCCUUUAAUGAUAUUUCACCGCAAGCACCGGUUCAUUUUCUCGUGAUUCCGAAGGAAAAAAUUGAUAAGCUAGAAAAUAGUACAGUCGACCAGGUGGAGUUACUAGGACAUCUAACGCAUGUUGCCGGCCAGUUGGGGAAAUCGAAGGCGCCGGACGGAUUCCGAUUAGUUAUCAAUAAUGGUGAUAACGGAUGCCAAACGGUGUACCAUAUACACCUUCAUGUGAUCGGUGGUCGCCAGCUCGGCUGGCCGCCAGGAUGA